ACAAAACACAGCAGAGCAGAAGCAGUGAUGUGAGCAUGUAAGAUGUGAGAGGAGCGUCUGUACAAACAUGGUUUCUACUUUCUUAUAAAACCGGAGAAAUGUACCGAAUGUAGCGGAGAAAAAGAAAAAAUGAAGUAUCGAUACUACCGAUAUUUGGAUCGAUCCGCCCAUCCCUACUAAUAAGAUUAGCGAUGAGGAGCAGGGUUAUGACCUCGACCUCUUCUGCAUACCAAAGCACUACGCUGCUGACCUGGAGCGAGUCUAUAUUCCACAUGGACUCAUCAUGGACAGGACGGAGAGGCUGGCCAGAGAAAUCAUGAAGGACAUGGGAGGCCACCACAUCGUGGCUCUGUGUGUGCUUAAAGGGGGCUACAAGUUCUUUGCAGACCUGCUAGACUACAUCAAGGCCCUGAACCGUAACAGUGACCGUUCCAUUCCAUUGACUGUGGACUUCAUUCGCCUCAAAAGCUACCAAAAUGACCAGUCUACAGGUGAUAUUAAGGUGAUUGGUGGAGACGAUCUAUCCACACUCACAGGAAAGAACGUCCUGAUUGUGGAGGACAUAAUUGACACUGGAAAGACAAUGAAGACGCUGUUGGAACUUCUCAAGCAGUACAAUCCAAAAAAGGUCAAGGUGGCAAGUUUACUUGUUAAAAGGACACCACGAAGUGUUGGUUACAGACCAGACUUUGUAGGAUUUGAGGUCCCUGACAAAUUUGUGGUGGGCUAUGCGCUAGAUUACAAUGAGUAUUUUAGAGAUCUAAAUCAUAUCUGCGUCAUCAGUGAAACGGGAAAGGAGAAGUAUAAAGCGUGACGUGCUCUGCACCACUGCUCUUUGGUUGUGCAUCAUUUUUGCUGAUGUCCAUUUUAUAUUUCUAUCUGCUGGUAAUUUUCAUGAGUGCAGUUUGCUGCAGAUACAGUUCAUAUUCUGUGGGAUUCUAGAGAAGUGCAGAAAACUUCUUUUAAAGACUUGUGGCUCUCACAAAAUAGUGCCCCAAAGGUUUCUAGUGGAGUUAAUUGUGUCUGAACAAAAUAUUACUGAUUGUAACAUCUGGGUUUUGCUUAUGUAUGGGUUUGUUUAAUUUAUUAUGUAGUAUUUGCUUGCUGUGCUUGAAGUGAGGGAAAUUGCCAGUGCUCCCCUUACUCACAUUGGUGUGUGUAUCAGCUGGUAUCAGCGAAUCAUUGAGUAUGACAUUCUGAAUUUACAUUAUUUAGACUACCAUUAAUGUGACUUGAGAGAACAGGAACAGGUUAGUGUCACAUAGUGCCCCCUGGGUAACGUAGUUAUCUAAGAAGGGAGCAAAAAAGAGUACCAGCAGCUUGGAAGAAGUGCCGGCACACAAGAAAAAGUUACGCUAUGCCAAAGAGUAAAAUGUAGAAGUGCCCGUACUGUAUACCGGUGAGUACCGGCCCACUUCAAGCACUGUUUGCAUGUAUUAAAAUGAUUGUUUAAGUAAAUUUAGCACAAUUAGGAAGCAUCAAGCCAAAUUUAAUAGAACCAAUUGAAUUUGCUAAAUAUUUACAAUAGUAAAAUAUUAUUCUUUUUUUGUAUUUUUUUUAUUGUGAUUAUUUAGGGUACACUUUAAAUUAGGCAAGGACAAUUGACCCAUGUAUGGCUUUAUCUGUAGACAUACCAUUGCUUAAACUUUCCUUUUUUAACAUUGUGGAAGAUGCUCAUGGUGCCUUAUAUGCCCAGUCAUAUAGCCACAGUAACACAAUCACACCCAUCACAGACAUCAAAAAGAAUGUUUGCAGCUUGUAGAUUAGUCUAGGUUAAAUGAAUUAUUUUAAAAGCACUAUAGGUUCUGUAAUUUAUAUCAAAUGGUUUUGAAGAUAUGUACAAUAUAUACAAACUGUUACCCAGACAGCAUAUUGUUUUGGGAGCAACGUUAGUUAGGAAGUCAUUACAUCAUGUGGUGGACCACUGUAUUAGACAGGCUUGUGGAUAUCACAUUAAAAUGUGUUGCAAUAAA